GAAAAGAUGGGCUGUUCCACCUUAGCCACAACAACCUUGCUGGUAGGACUGGUGAUUACUGCCACACUGGCAGAAGUGGCUGAGAACAGGAGCCAAAUAUGCAAGCCUGCACCGCUCUGGAAGAUCAAUGGGACAGUCCCAAUGGAAGGGAUGGAGGGCCAGGUGACAGUAGUGGCACUGUUAAAAGCCAGCUGACAGUUCUGUCUCAAACAAGCUGCCAGUCUUGGCAGCUUGCAGAAGAAGCUGUCCCAUGAAGGGAUGGUCAAUGUAAGCUUCAUGAUUGUGAAUGAAAAGACUCCUUUCUCCCGAGCAAUGUAUUGGGAGCUCAAGCGGCAUGCUCCAGAGGGAAUGCCUGUUUACCAGCAGGAGAUCUUGGAACCUGAUGUCUGGCAAAUUCUAGAUGGGAACAAGGAUGACUUCCUGAUCUAUGACAGGUGCAGCAAGCUGACUUUCCAUAUCCAGUUGCCCUACAGUUUCCUGCACUUCCCUUAUGUUGAAGCCGCUGUACACUACACGUACCACAAGGACUACUGUGGCAAUUGUUCCUGGUACCAUUCUAAUAGCAUCCAAGAGAUAAGUAGCACAGCAGAGACUAGUGUGAUGACGACCGAGGCUUCCAGACACAAUGAAAAGAGCCCGGAAGUUUCCAGCCACAAGCAUGAAGGGAAGAAGAGCAAAGAGGCACCCAGCACUGUGGAGCACAUGGCCCAUCACAUUUCACAUCAUACAAUGAGCAGAAGCCACAGGGCCUUGGGUUUGGCCAGCACAUACCAGCCUGUGCCCCAUAAUCAGAGCCGACUGCAGAAGCAGCAGGAAGCAGAAUCUAACUUUAUCAACUUGCAAAAGAAGCUGUCCAUAAAAGGUGUGGCCAAUGUCACAUUUAUUAUUGUGAAUGAGAAGCAUAUAAAGUCUGAGAACAACUUUCAGGAAUUUAAGCAGUAUGUCCCGGAGGGAAUUCCCAUUUACCAACAAGAUAUCCUUCGGCCUGAUGUCUGGAGUGUUCUAGAUGGAUUCAAUUCUGAUUUCCUUUUCUGUCACAGGUCAAGAUAA